UAAAUGUUAUAUCAGACUAUUGUUUACAUAGCCUAUUUUUAUUUCGCUGUAUUUAGAAGUUGUUAAGCAACUUCAAGUAAAUACAUGAAGCUUGGUAGUUCGCUAAAUUUCAGGUUAGCUUUCAGCAUAGACUACAUACAGACUGUUAUUUUGUUUCCUACCUGUAUUCUGGCAAAUUCCGCCUAACACGUGUUUUCGAUUGGCUGUUUAUCGUUGAGUGUGAAACACUAGCCAAUAGCAGAGCAAAAUACAGGCCUGUUCGAGCCAAUCAACCACUGCGAAAGUGGUGGAAUACGGGUGUGGAAAGUAAUGCAGUAAGACUCGGUGAGCAUAGCAACAGUCCGCCAAAAGUUCAGCGCGCUAACAGCUAUUUGGUGCGGCGGCUUUGGAGUGGAGCUCCGCUAUAAACCACUAGGGCAGUGGUAAGAUGGCGCUUAAACGAAUCCAAAAGGAACUGACUGAUUUGGCGCGUGAUCCUCCAGCACAGUGUUCAGCAGGUCCAGUUGGAGAUGAUGUAUUCCACUGGCAAGCUACAAUCAUGGGUCCUAACGAGAGUCCCUAUCAGGGUGGUGUUUUCUUCCUGACUAUACACUUCCCAACAGACUACCCCUUCAAACCACCAAAGGUUGCAUUCACCACGAGAAUCUACCACCCAAAUAUUAACAGUAACGGCAGCAUCUGUCUGGAUAUCCUCAGGUCCCAGUGGUCUCCUGCACUUACAAUUUCUAAAGUUCUCUUGUCCAUCUGCUCACUCUUGUGUGAUCCAAACCCAGAUGAUCCUCUUGUACCAGAGAUUGCACGAAUCUACAAAACGGACACAGAAAAGUACAAUAAAAUGGCAAGGGAAUGGACAGAGAAAUAUGCCAUGUUGUAGGUGAGGGAUACAACAGAAUAGCACGGGAAUGGACACAGAAGUAUGCCAUGUGAUGUUGGCAGGACACAUUUACAAACUGUCGUUAAUGCUCUUGUGUUUGGUCACUGUCUUAAGGCCAUUUCAUCAAGUAUGUCUCUUAUGGAGAAACAGUCUGCAGUUGUUUGCUCAAACAAGACUACAACAUGACCUGCAGGAGUUGCCAUUUUCUAAUACCAUGUGGACCUCAUACAUCAAGUGGAGUCUUUUUCUCUGCUUCCUGCUUUUUUGCCUUGUGGUCAGUACAUCAGCUGUUUACUCUGACCUCUUGCCUCAUGCAAUCUUUGUAAGAGCACAGUGCUGGCCUGAUCAGGCAGAGGACUGUAGGCUGUGUUACUGCUUCUUCCAGCCUGCGCUGCAUGUCAUCACAGAGUAAAGCUCGGUUGUGGCACAGCACUGGGAUUAUCAGAUGCCUUCUUUUGUUUUGCUCAUUCUACAAAUCUGAGAUCCUUUUUUGGCCCAAGCUUUAACAUCUGUGGCAAUGAAAUGCACCUCAGUCAACUAGUUUAAAUGUCCUGCUUUUCAUUUUUUCCCUUAAAUAAAGUUACAUAAUUCA